UCAUUUCUGUUGGCACAAAACUAAGUUAAUGUCAUAAUGUGACUGACCAGGAAAUCACUGCAUAUUCAGUGCAUAUUCCCUAGUGAAAGGAGUUAUUUUAUACUAUUAGCAUAAAAUGAGUAAAAAAAAAAAUCUCAGACUGUGCACUCACAUUAAACUUUUCUUUCUUUUGGGCAAUGGUAUGUGUGGUACUAGUUUUCUGUUUAAGCCUAUACGUAUUUUCUCCUUAUUACAAAUUUCACGUGUCAUUUGCAUAAUUUUGAAAACUAGCAUUCCUAAGAUAAAAGUCAGAUGUUAGUGGACAUUAUUUGAAUGUAUUGUUGUACUUGGUUCCAAGUACUUGAUCGAUAUUCGCACCGCUUCCGGGUAGUUAUCUGUUUUCAAGCCCUCUGACUGUGGGCUGCCACUUGUCACUGCUGUCACUGUGAGUAAUCACGGGGGGGAGCGUCCCGAAAAUCCCAGCAGCGCUCAGGCGGCUAGAGGAGGCCAGGCCGUAUUAUCAUAUGUCAUCCAAAGUGGAGUUGCUAUCGAGGCUUCUGGGAAGCGUAGUUCCAGAGUGAGGCGCGCGGGGCUUUUGGGCAUGCGCAAUUCCACCUCCUUUUGAUAGUCGCCAUCUUCUGUCUCCUGCCCCAGGGCGGGAUAGGACUCCGGGGCCUGCAGGUCUCCGCGGUGCGGCAGAGGGCGGGGCCUGGAACCUGCGCGGGCCGGGAGCGGUGGCCGAGCCCCUGCAGGUGUGUCGGAGGCCCCUCUGCGGGUGCGAGGCCGGGGGCGGGGGGAAGCCGGGUCUCCGCGGCAGCGACGAGUCGGAGAACUUGGAAGGCGCCGCCCCCCUCUGAGCGCCCGGCUGGCCUCCGAGGACUGGGGAGGGGGCCGGGCAGGGGGCUUGGCGGGGAAGCCCGUUGUCCACCUGCCGCCCCUCCCCAGAAGCCUGGCUCUCGAGCUGCGGAGCCGGGCGGCCCGAGGUGGCCUGGGGCGCGGGAGCAGCGGGGAGGGACGCGGGGGGAACGGCUGUUGUGACGUGGACCCCGGGCCCGCCGCGUCCGCGCUGGCGUGGCUGCUGGCGUGGCUGUCGGCGCCGCGGCCGUGUCAGCCCGGGGGACCUGCGCGCGUCCGGCGCCCGCCACUUAACUGGGCAGGAUGACCUGGGUACGACUCGGACAUUCAUCUGUAAAAUAACCACACUAACUACUGGGGUUGUUUGCUGUAUUAAAUAGGGCCGUAUAUAUAAAGUUUGAUAAGGACUCAAUAAAGGUGAUUCCUGAGCGGCAAGAUAAGGUCUCUUAAGACUUCUGUCUUCCACCUUUCCCUGUUCUGGCUUCAUAGUUUUUAUCCUUUCCCAAGAGCAGCAGAAAAUGAACAAGUAUCAGGGACCUGUAACAUUCAAGGAUGUUAUUGUGGAAUUCACCCGGGAGGAGUGGCAGUUACUGGACGCUGCUCAGAGGACCCUGUACAAGGAAGUGAUGCGGGAGAACUACGGUCACCUAGUCUCAGUGGGUUACUGUGUGAAUAAGCCAAAUGCAGUCUUCAAGCUGAAGCAAGGAAAAGAACCGUGGAUACUGGAGGUGGAAUUUCCACGUCGGAACUACCCAGAAGACCUUUGGAAGAUUCAUGACUUAGGAGCAAGAUCCCAGGGAAGCCAAGCUGCAAAUUCAAGGAACGGAGGACUCACAAAACACCAGCAAACUCCUGCCAGAGAGAAAAUCUAUAAAUGUAGUGAAUGUGGAAAGUCCUUCUGCCAGAAGUCUAUCCUCCUAAUACAUCAGCAUACUCACUCAAAGGACAAACCCAGGGCAUGUGGGACAUCGGGCCCUAGGAAUGGAGACCUCACAAGACAACAGAAAGGUCCAGCCAGAGAGAAAACCUAUGAAUGUAAAGAAUGUACGAAAACCUUCUACCACCUGUCCUCUCUUAGUAGACACUUGAGAACUCACGCAGGGGAGAAACCCUACGAAUGCAAUCAGUGUGAGAAAUCCUUCUACCAGAAGCCACACCUUGUGGAACAUCAGAAAACACACACAGGAGAGAAACCCUACGAGUGUAACGAGUGUGGGAAGUUCUUCUAUGUUAAGGCAUACCUCAUGGUACAUCAGAAAACACACACGGGGGAGAAGCCGUACGAAUGUAAGGAAUGUAGGAAAUCCUUUUCCCAGAAAUCACACCUCACGGUACAUCAGAGGACACACACAGGGGAGAAACCCUAUAAAUGUAAGGAAUGUGGCAAAUUCUUUUCUAGAAAUUCACACCUCAAAACUCAUCAGAGAACUCACACAGGAGAGAAACCCUAUGAAUGUAAGGAGUGUGGGAAGUGUUUCUACCAGAAGUCAGCCCUCACAGUGCACCAGCGAACUCACACAGGGGAGAAGCCCUUUGAAUGUAAUAAAUGUGGAAAAAACUUUUACUAUAAAUCAGACCUCACUAAACACCAGAGAAAACACACAGGGGAGAAGCCUUAUGAAUGUCAGGAAUGCGGUAAAUCCUUCUCUGUGAAUUCAGUCCUCAGAUUACAUCAAAGGACUCACACAGGAGAGAAACCCUAUGAAUGUAAGGAGUGUGGGAAAUCCUUCUCUCAGAAGUCACAUUUUAUCAUACAUCAGAGAAAGCACACAGGGAGAAACCCUAUGAAUGUCAGGAGUGUAGGAAAACUUUUAUCCAGAAAUCAAAGCUCACUGCCCAUCAGAAGACACACACAGAGGAAAAAAGCUUAUAAACAGCAUGAAUUGGGAACUUUUUUCUGAGUUCAUCCUUCAGAAUAAUCAGAUAAUUCACACAAGACCAAAAAACUUAGGAAUAUCAUCUAUAUGGGAAAGUUUUAGUCAUAAGAGUUUUUCUUGACAGCAAAUACACAAAAAUUCUUUGAAUCUAGAAGGAAGAAAUUUUUACCAUAUGUUAGACUUUAGUGUCAGACACUCUACAAAUUGUAAAGCGUGAGAGAGACCAUUCUUUUAGAAGUCACAGUAUACUGUACAACAGAAAUCACAUGAGAGAAGAACAAAUAAAAAAAAAGAAGGUCAGGAACUUUCUGGUCAGGGCAGCCAUCACUAGAUAUCCCAAAGCUCACGUGAAUGAGAGCCUCCUAUCCGUGUCCAUCCUGAGCUUCAGAAAUACUUUACAGGUGGACUCCAAACGCUCAAAGGGGUGACUAGACGUCGAAACAGAUCCAGAAGCCCUUCUUGAGAAGUGACGUCUCUGUGACCUUCAGAUGAGCGAUGCCAGGAUAGAACCAUCGCAGACAUCUCAAAUACGUCAGUUUCCUGACAAACACUCAGUAUCUGUAUUGGGUGAGAGUGACCGUUAUGCCAGAAGUCAUGUUGCAGCGACUGGAAUUGUGAGGGUUGGGUUAUUUUUUUCUUUGAAGAAACCUGCAAAUGUCUAGAUAGAUAGAUAGAUGAAGCUUUUUAAAAAGCACAGACCCAUUGAGAAGCCGGGUGACAUCCUUAAACUCACAUGAAAA